AUGAGUCGUGAGGGAAGCAAUGUCGCCCACGUCGAGACCAUAGCUUUGGAUGGAGAAACGAACCUCAAGAUAAAGAAGGUAGACAAGAACGUUGCUGAAACGUGCUCUACACCUGCCAAACUUGCCAAUUGUUCAGUCAAUUUUAACAUCGAAGAUCCCCAUUCAGACCUCUCCAGUUUCAGAGGCAGGGUAAUUGUCAAUGGCCAAGAUUCCCCCUUGAACAAUGACAAUGUUGUAUAUCGAGGCAGCGUUCUGCGCAACACUUCGGAAGCCAUCGCCAUGGUCGUGUAUUCCGGUCAAGAAUGCAAGAUUCGGCUAAAUGCAAAUGCCGAUGGGCAGGCUCACAUCAAAGCUCCUCGCCUACAAUACAUGGUUAACAAGGUUGUUUUUGUCGUGGCAUUAUUUGUGCUUGGAUUGUCAUUGUUCAAUACCCUUGCAUAUCAAAUCUGGAAAUCCGACAUCGAAAAAAAAUUAUUUUAUCUUUCGGGCGCAACUGUUCCAAAUCAUGAGUCGAUUUUCGGUUUUCUUAUUAUGUUUGCUACAAUGGUUCCCCUUUCAUUAUACAUCAGCCUGGAAAUGAUCAAGCUUGGCCAGAUCUUCUUCCUCACGUCAGACCUCGACAUGUAUGAUGAGGCGUCAAACAUGCGUUGCGAAGCCAGAACAUCAACCAUUAAUGAAGAGCUGGGACAGAUUACGCAUAUAUUUUCCGAUAAAACGGGAACCUUGACCGAUAACGAGAUGAUCUUCAAGAAGAUGUACGUCGGUGGAAGCAUUUGGUCGGACGAAGAUAUGGGAUAUCUCGAUAAAGAAGUCCACAAUCAGGCGGCAGAACAGCCAAAACGGUUCCAUCCAAUUUCGGAACAGCGAAUGGAAUCCGAAAGAAGCACAAAAGAAUUGAUCGGACAAUUGUCAGAAAACCCAGAUUCUACAUUGGGACGAAAAGCAAUGUUGAUGCUGCUGUGUAUGGCCCUUUGUCAUAGCUGUGUUCCGGAGAUUUCACAAGAUGGCGUUACUAUAGACUUUCAGUCAUCAUCCCCGGAUGAGCUAGCAUUAAUCAGAGCCGCUCAGGCUAUGGGUGUUUAUAUGCGUGUUCGAGAUCAUGACUCUAUCGUUCUAUCGCUCUCAACUUCCAAUGACGCAUCCGUCAGAAACCAGACUUACAAGGUUUUGAACGUUAUCGACUUUUCGAAUGAUAGGAGACGUAUGUCAGUUAUCGUGAAAUUCCCCGAUGGCAGAACCUGUAUUAUAUGCAAAGGCGCCGAAUCUGUUGUCAUGGAGCGACUGAGAUUAUCGAUACAAAGAACAGGGGAGCAAGUCGACCAUGCUAAUGUAGGGGCACUAAUGGAUGGAGAUGGCCGUUCUGAUCUUGAGAAAUGCGGUCUCAGUGUCACUAGAUUCGCGAAUGAAAGUCUCCGCACUCUUUUAUAUGCUUACCGUUUUCUGGACGAUACAGAAUAUGAAGAGUGGAAAAUUAAAUGGGAUGCAGCUACCGCCAGCCUUGACGAAAAUAAAGAUAUGAAGGAACAAGUGGCAGAGCUUAUUGAGACCAACUUCGAGCUUGCUGGCGCAACUGCCGUUGAGGAUAAACUGCAAUGCGGUGUACCGGAUUCAAUUGAUAAGCUUGUUCGCGCCAAUAUCAAAGUCUGGAUGCUGACUGGCGAUAAGCGAGAAACCGCAAUUAACAUCGGUCAUUCUUGUGGUCUAAUAAAAGAGAUUUCUACUAUACUGGAUCUUUCCAACGACAAGGAAUCUAGGGAUACAACAGACGCCAUUGAAUCUCACAUUUUAGCUCUCAAAUCAGCUCAACACAGCGUAGUUGUCAUUGAUGGUCGUACUCUGACAACAAUUUUCAACAAUUCUAUCGGAUCAGCCGAAGAAAGAUUCCUUGACUUGGCGGUCUUAGCAGACUCUGUUAUCUGCUGUCGUACUCAACCCAGCCAAAAAGCGCAGGUUGUGCGCGGCGUGAAAGCUCGAAUGCCCAAUGCAGUCACUUUGGCCGUAGGUGACGGCGCAAACGACAUUGCAAUGAUCCAGGAAGCCCACGUCGGUAUUGGCAUCACGGGCAAAGAGGGGUUUCAGGCAGCCCGCAAUUCCGAUUAUUCCAUUGCGCAAUUCAGAUUCUUGCCAAAGCUUCUUUUGGUGCACGGAAGAUGGAAUUAUGUGCGGACUUGCAAAUACAUUCUGGGCACGCUAUGGAAAGAGGUCGUCUUUUAUUUGAGUCAGUCUCUGUUCCAACGGUGGGUUGGAUACACUGGAACAAGUCUGUUCGAACCUAUGAGUGCGACGCAGUUCAAUACCCUUUUUACAUCGCUAUCCGUCAUGUGCAUCGGGGUUUUCGACAAGGAUCUCGCGGCCUCCACGCUCCUAGCUGUGCCCGAGCUAUACAUAUCCAUGGGCCAGAGGAACGGUGGCUUCAACAUAUGGAUUUAUCUCGGAUGGACUGCUAUGGCGGUCUCUGAGGCGUUUAUUGUAUUUUUUUCCAUGCUUUUACUCUUCGGACGCGCGGAAACCACAAAGGAUAACACCCUGUUUUCAAUGGGUGAUCUUAACUUCGUCGCAGUCGUCAUCAUUGUCAGUCUCAAGCUACUGGUACUCGAGAUGCACAACAAAUCCGUCGUUGCGGGCAUCACCCUGUUUCUGAGUGUUGGCGCCCCCUUUCUCUGGAAUCUCAUAUUUGCUGCCGCCUACCCUCUCACAACGGCUUACCACGUACGAGGGGGAUUUUUUAUUGGCUUUGGACAGAAUCCGACCUGGUGGUUGACCUUAAUUUUCAUUAUCGUGUGUGUGUACAUGUACGAACUUAGCAUCAGCGCAUUGCGAAAGGCGUUUUUCCCAACGAAUACUGAUAUCUUUCAGGAAUUGGAGCAGGACAAGACUUUUAUGGCGCGGUACAAUGGGGCUGAGGCUGGGGCUACAGUUACGGCGUUGGAAGAGGAGUGGUUUUCGGAUAGGUAUAGUGAUGAUGUAACUAUAGUCUGUGAGAACGAGGAGAUAUCCUGA